AAGAGCUGCUUCUCGAGAAUCACGUGACGUGUGGGUGCGCCCGGCGAAUAUAAGAAACUCCACCCCCGUCCCGAGAGCCAGUCUGUCAAUUACUUUUGACACAUCAGCUGUAGCUCCUCACUUUAUCGAUAAAAAGUACAAAUCACUACAACCACGAGUUUGUCGGGCUGGUCUCGCCUUGUCGUUUGCAGAUGGCUCAGUGGCAGGCCCUGCUGAGGCUGGAUUCAGCCCUCCAGAGGCGUGUGAGCCAGGUGUACGAGCGGAGGUUCCGCAGGGAGAUCCGCCACAAUCUGUGCGCCCUGAUAGAGAGCCACGACUGGGAUUUGGCAGCUGUGGAUGAAAAUCGAGCAGCCAUGUGUUUCCAGGCGCUCCUGGUGUAUUUGGAAGAACAGUGGAACCGUUCUCUGGAGGAGAGCAACAUUUUGCAGGGACCUGAUUAUUCAGGGAUGAGAGAGUACUUGCUGAUGAACUUUGGAGAUGAGCCAAUGAACUUGGCUGCAGUCCUCUCUGAAUGCCUGCAGGAGGAAAAGAAAAUCCUGUCGUCAGCCUCUGAAGCACAGGGCUGUCAGGGCGAGUCGACCGUGGACCAACAGUGGAGACAGCUGGACAACAAAAUCAAUGAACUGAAAAGACAGACUCUGGAGGUGACGAAGGAAAUUAAGUCACUGGAGGACCUCAAUGAAAAGCUCAGCUACAUACAGGAGACGUGGAAAAACCAGGUGGAGAAGAACGUCGGAUUGGCCCAGUCGCAUGCUGUUGUGGAAGAGGAAUGUGUGAAGCAGGCCAACUUCAUCAUGCGAACAAAGCAGAUGUUGCUGCAGCAGCUCGCACACAUUUUAAACACGGCAGGCGAGAUUGUGCCGACUCUCACGGGCGUGGAGCUGCCCGAGUGGAAACGCAGGCAGCAGAUGGCCUGCCUCGGAAAUCCAGUAGACACCAGUCUGGACCUUCUCGAGAAGUGGUUCACCGCAGUGGCAGAAGUGCUAAUCGGAGUACACAAACAGCUGCAGAAACUGCAAGGCCAGAACGUGGCGGAAAUGAGGAUGAUCAUGAUGUCCCUGCUCGUCAACCUUCUGGAAAAUGCUCUAGUGGUUGAGAAACAACCGAUCAUGGCGAGUUUACCGCAGCGACCUCUCAUACUGAAGACUGGCGUGCGAUUCAUGGCGACGGUGAGGUUCUUGGCUAACCUCCCAGAGUUCAAGUGUCUGCUCAAAGUCAAACCCGUUUUUGACAAGGAUGUUGAAGAAACCAUGACAAUUAAAGGGUUCCGUCACUUUGACUUCAGCAAGGGUGACAGUAAGGUGAUGGACGUUGACGUGCCGGGUGGAGGCUUGGUGGCAGAAUUUGGCCUCAUGUCACUCAAGGAAACCAAAGCAAAGGCCAAAGGGACAUCUGAGACCCGUCUGGGAGUCACUGAGGAGCUCCACGUCAUUAAGUUUGUGACCGAGUUUCAACAUGCCGGACUGCAGUGUAAAAUGGAGGCCAGCUCGCUGCCUGUGGUUGUGAUCUCCAGCACCAAUCAGAUCCCCAGCGCCUGGGGCUCCAUCAUGUGGUACAACAUGCUGUGCACCAGUGAACCGCAGAACCUGUCGCUGUUCGUCGACCCUCCUCCGCUCACCUGGACCCAACUGUCACAGGUUCUGAACUGGCAGUUUUUGUCCGUCGGCCAGCGGGGGCUCGACGAAAACCAGCUCUUAAUGCUAAGAGACAAAAUCGUGGCGGACGAUCCUGAUGACAGCGUUCAAUGGUGCAAGUUCUCCAAGAACGAUGGUGCCUGGAUUUGGAUCGAUGGAAUCCUGGAUUUGAUCAGAAAACACUUGGUAGAUCUUUGGCGGGACGGUUUCAUCAUGGGCUUCGUGAGCAGACAGAGAACUCGGGCCCUGCUACAGGAAAAACAGACCGGGACCUUCCUGCUCCGCUUCAGCGAAAGCAACAAAGAUGGCGCCAUCACCUUCAGCUGGGUUGAGCACUCGAACGGCGAGGCCCACGUGCACGCGGUGGAGCCCUACACCAAGCUGGAGCUGUCGGUCAUGUGUCUGCCAGACAUCAUUUACCUCUACAGUCUGAGAGCCGAGAGGAGCACGACCAGGAAUCCUCUGCUCUACCUCUACCCCGACAUCCCCAAAGACGCUGCGUUCGGGCGCUACUGCAAGAGCUCUGCAAUGUUGCAGCCCAAAAAGGUUGUAGAUGGCUACGUGGACAGAACCCUCAUUCCCAUGUCUGUCUAUCCCACGCCACCUCCGUCUCCGCCUCGGGAGAGUCCCAUUAUGGAUGUCGACAUGAACAUUUACUCGGAUGAGGACACUCAUCAGCUGAUUCAGGAACUCUUCUCUGAUUUGUUGUGCUUCUCUGAACACCCUGACCACUGGACGUCACCAACUCAGAGCGACUGCGUCACUCCGAGUGGCUCCUUCUGAACGCACUGGUUGCACUUACUUUUUUGUUUUUCUUGUUAGUAUUUUGCAUACAUAAAAUGUUCUUCUCCUGUACUGAAAAUCUGUGUGUGGGUGUGUGUGUGUGUGGGUGGGAAUCAAUUUCUUUAAAGCCUUUUUAUUUCAUUUUUUGAAUUUAUGGAAUAUUUUCCCAAGCUGAGUUACUGCCUCUGCAAAGUUCGGAGGUAAAAACUGUACUGUACUUUACUUGUGUUUUAUGAAAUGAAUACAUUCCAGUGCUAAGAGAAAUUACAUCUCACUUCUCCAGAACUUUAUUUAUAUAACAAGGACUACAAACAUGCAGUGGCCUCACGUCUUAACUGUUUCGUAUAUUUUUACUCUUUUUUUUUUUUUCCCCAACCUGUCAGCACUUAAACAAGUUGGAGACCCAUAAGCAACAAGUGUAAAGAAUUACCUGAUGAACAAAUGCACUGUAAGAGAAACUUACAUUUAGAAAGUAAUAUUUGACUCAAAACAAUGGAUCAAAUAAAUUACUAAGCCCAC